AUGUCAUUGCGGUUUCUGUCGACUGUACGCGCAAAAGCACCGCAAUUGGCCGACAUCGUCAUUAUCGGCGGUGGUCCUGCAGGACUGACGCUGGCGGCAGCAAUCAAAAACUCGCCAACACUAUCGUCUCUCAAUUGCAAGCUUGUUGAAGGAGGGAACCUGAUUGGUCCCUUGACCAAGUUCAAGCAGGAGCCGCCGUCCAACUUCACCAACCGGGUGGUUUCUCUCACUCCAUCCACGGUCUCUUAUUUGUCUGAGAUCGGGGCCUGGAACCAUAUUCAGGAGGAAAGAGUCGAGAGCUACGACAACAUUGUGGCCUGGGACGGGGUCAGCGGAGCCAAGAUCGACUUUGACGGGCCGUCACUGGCUACCAUGUGCGAGAACCUGAAUCUGCAAUCAGCUUUGCUGAGCAGGAUCGAGGAACUGGGCCAGGACCUGGAAAUCUUGGAUAACACCAAGGUGGAGAGCAUUCAAGCGGACGAGAAAAUCGGAUGGCCUGUUUUGCAGCUGUCGAACGGCGAGUCGAUCCAAACACGGUUGUUGGUGGGCUGCGACGGGUUCAAUUCGCCGGCACGCAAGUUUGCACAGAUCGAGAGCCGUGGAUGGAUGUACAACCGUUGGGGUAUUGUUGCAACCAUGAAAUUCAAGGACGGCGAAUUUAGACACCCAACGGGCUGGCAACGGUUCCUGCCCACCGGUCCUGUGGCCCUGUUGCCGCUACCAGACAACUGGACCACGCUCGUGUGGUCAACGACGCCGGAAAAUUCCGACAUCUUGAUGAAACUGGACGAAGACAAGUUCCUGGCUAUGGUGAACGCUGCGGUGAAGCUCCCUGUCGAGGAGCUGGAGUAUUUGAUCAAGGUUGCGGCCUCGAAGCCAGAAAUUGUGGCGGAGGAAGUCGCUUGGAGACUCCAGCUUUUCAACGAUAAGCUCAGUCCGGAGGAGGCUGGUGGAUAUCCGCUGGAACUGGAAACUAUUGUCACCAAGUCGCGGGGAAAGUUUCCUUUGAAGUUGAGCCACGCAGACACGUACGUGGAAGAGCGUGUGGCUCUUGUUGGAGAUGCCGCGCAUACGACGCAUCCGCUGGCCGGCCAGGGUCUGAACAUGGGCCAGGCCGAUGUGAAGAGUCUGGUUGGUGUUUUGGAAACGUCUCUGGAGCGUGGACUGGAUAUCGGCACCAAGAUGGCCCUGGAGCCCUACUUCAGCGAGAGAUACCCGGCCAACCAUGUGCUGCUGGGCGUCGUGGAUAAGCUACACAAGAUCUACUCAACUGACGCGGCACCUUUGGUGUUUGCGCGGUCGUUUGGCGUCAAUGUGCUGAACAACGUGCCGUUUGUGAAAGAUUUUAUGGUUGCAAGAAUGGGCGAGUAA